CCGAGGCGCGGCGGGAGCGCAGCGAGUGCUGGCCGCUCCGAGGGCUCCGAGGGCUCCCGCGGCCCGAGGUCGCUCGUGCUCGUGCUCGGAGCUGUGCCGCGGCCCGACGGCUUCCGCGGCCCGAGGUCUCCCUCUGCCCGAGGUCUCUAGCGCUCCGAGAGCUCCCGCCGUCCGAGUUUCCCCGUGGCCCGGGGUCUCCGCCCCCACCAUGCGGCCGAGGAGUCCUGGACUUCUCCUGCUGCUGCUCUGUGGCCUGCGAGCUGAGAUUCAAGAAGAAGAAGUCAGAGCGAUGGUGGGCAGUGAUGUCUGGCUCAGCUGCAUUUACCCUAAAGGAAACAGCUUCGAUUUAAAUGACCUUUAUGUUUACUGGCAAAUCAGUGUGCCGGGCAAACGGAACACCAACUCCGUGGUGACUUACUACCUCUCGGGAAACAGCUCUGCCGGCCACGGUGACAACCACUACAAAGGCCGGGCCCGGCUGUCCCUGGACGGCAUGAAGCAGGGCAACUUCUCUCUGCACCUGCACAAUGUCACCCCCCAGGACGAGCAGAAGUUCAACUGCCUGGUGUUUCGGAAAUCCUUAGAAUUAGAAAAGAUUUUGGAAGUCACGGUCACGCUAAACGUGGCAGCAAACUACAGCAUGCCAGUGGUCAGCGGCCCAUCCCAGGACGAGGAGUUCAUCUUCACGUGCACGUCCACGAAUGGCUACCCGCGGCCCAACGUGUACUGGAUCAACAAGACGGACAACAGCCUGCUGGACGACACCCUGCAGAACAGCACCGUGUCCCUAAACGCGCAGGGCCUGUACAACGUGGUCAGCGUCCUGCGCAUCGGGCGGAGCCCCACCGUCGACGUGGGCUGCUGCAUCGAGAAUGUGCUUCUUCACCAGAACCUGACCAGCAGCCAGACAGAAACGUUCACGGGAACCAAGGACAGCAUCACAGAGGACCCAGUGGACGACACCCAAGAUGCGGUGAACCGGCCCAUUCUCAGCGUCCUUGCCGUGCUGGUCGUGGCCGUGGCCAUGGCCGUGGCCACGGGCUGGCUGUGCAGGAGCAGAUGUCCCUACAGAAGCUACGCAGGCGCCCAGGCUGCGAAGCCAGAGCUGGAGCUCACGGGUCAGUUUGCCAGGAGGGAAGGAGACCCGUGGAGGAACUGCAGGUCCACGGGCUCGGGCGAGCUGGGCACUCCACUCUCUCUGUGCCCGCCUUUCCGCACGGGUGCUACUCGAUGACCAGGAAAUAGGCGUUUCCAGUUUCAGAGACAGUGAAACCCCAAGCGAAGGCCUGUCCCCCUGGCCUUCCUUGGCAUGCAAGCCCGUUCUCUUGUUGACACCGUGCCGUGGGAUUUUCCAAACGCACAGCUACACAUACACGUACAGCUACACAUACACGUACAGCUACACAUACACGUACAGCUACACAUACACGUACAGCUACACAUACACGUUAGCAGAGAGCCUGGGACCGCAGCCCGCUGCCCCUCGCCAGCUGCCCGGCUCGUCCACCUGUUCUCCCUCCGUCUCAGCCCCACCCCUUGGGGGCGGGGGCUCUCCAGCGAGUCCAGACCCUGCGUGCAGGCACCUCUCAGUCCCAGAGCGAAGGUCAGAGUGAUUCCCGCCCUGGUGUGGGAAAGUAGCUACACGCAGGGCCUUCGGUUUCGGUUUCCCACUGGCAGGUGCCUCGGGCUGCCAGGGCCUUUGUGGUCAGGCCGGCGGGCUCCGUGCCUGAGGCCAACGACCAUAGCUCUGAGCCCCGUUUCUCCACCUGUGAGCAGGGUUGUCAGGGGAGGGUGGGCCCGAGGUGAGCACGACCCACACGGCAGCGCCCGCCCACCCGUUCACCCAGGUGAGUCCGGGGCACGCGGCUGCCUGGCGCUGCAGCAGAUUCCCUCCCGAGGCCACUUUCAGACGACGCGGAACACAGCUUGCCAGAGAACCCGGGCCUGCUGACCUGAGAGUCCGACGGGGCGCCCGUCUGCAGGCGUGUUCAACCCCGUUUUCACCGUCCUGGUUCCUGAGAGGAUGAGUGUCUGCUUCCGGAGUGAGAAUGAGCUGACUCUGCGCACGGCCCUCUCCCCUCUUUCCUUCCAAGAGCACGUGUGACGAGAGCCCCCCCAGGACGUGCCACCAGCGGGGACGUCGGACGGCAGCUUGAGAACUGACCCGGGCAGGCUGGGCGGAGGACACCAUCUGCGCCCGUAUUGGGGGCUGCACGGACACUGGGCCACCUGGCCUUGUGGGGACACGCGGGCGCCCCCUGGAAGGACCACGCUGACCCCAGGGAGCAUGUGGCGGGCACUGCCCUGAUCCCGGCGGCCCUUUCAAUAGGUCGGCAACUCCUCGGGGAUACACGUGCCCCCAAGUAGGUGGGCUCCCCGCCUUCGCUGCCAAACACAGAACAAGAAAAGGGCUGUGACGGCUCCUUCCCGCCGCCAGCCCCCGAGAACCUGCAGCGCUUCUCAGCAGCCUGGGCCGGACGGGCUUCGGAGGCCGCUCUCUUCUGGGAUGACCUGUGCCAGGCCGUGUUUGCUCCAGGUGCAGGGGCCACGCGCUGGCUCUGCCGGUCCGUCUCCGCCCCGAGGACCCGGCGUCUGUGCACACGUGUCCUGAAGCACUGAGCGGGUGGCACCGGAAAAACCCCUGGAAUUCAUGUCCCUCCAGAAUGCUCCCUGGGAGGAAAACCCGACCUCACUUGUUUUGGUCAAAAGCUAGGUUUCCCUCCUCAAAAACACAAUGAAAAAAAAACAACAACAACAACGAAAAAACAGUGGAAUUUUGUGAGAAGGUCUGUGCUGGGCGGUGCAGCUGGGCAUGGUGGCCCGGGGCUCAGGCUCUGCUGCAGGGGACAGGCAGGCAGGGCUGGGACACACGUCUCCAGCAGACACCAGCACAGACAGGUGACAGUCACAGUCCUUCAAACCGGGGCCGUGAGUGGACAGUGGGUGGCCUUCCGGCCGCAUGGCAGCCUUUCUUCAAACACAGCAGCAAUUCCCUCGAAUCUUGCUGGGCAGCCCCUGCCGGCCCCACACCGUCACCCAGGGCCCCUCGCGGGCCUCCCCUGGGGACCUGCACGGUCGUGACGGAGACUUAACCUCACGGGCCGGGUUCCUCGGAGCCCGCCGGGCCCCCUGGGCGACUGGAGUGGGGCAGUGGCCAAGUCCACGGAGGCGGCAGCCCGACGCCCUGACCCUGCCCAGGCGGUUUCCGCGUUGAUUCCUGGAUUGCAUCUAGCAGUUCACUGUUUCCAGAAGGUUCUGCAAAGGUGGCUGCCAGGUAACCCCGGUGGGCAUGCCCCCAGGAAACGGGUUUGUUGCCCCUGGGGUCAUCAGCAGCGACGGGCACGUGAGGCCUGUGCUCCCCAGACCCAGACUCGCAGCAAACAAUGAGGCCAGCUCAGCACGGAGCCUGAGCCAACAGUGUCCCAGGAAACUGUGCAUGUGUUUUUGUCUGUUUCUGUACCAAAGAGCCCUCACGUGGCUUUUAAAUAGGUGUCAUGAGGGAUCCACACGGACUUUAGCAUGAAAGCAUUAGAAGACAAGUGUGGGUCCUCAGAGAAUGACAGAAGGUGACUCGUGGCACCGCGAGCAAGAAGCCCGAGGGGCCCUUGAGUGCAGCAGGUGGGCUGCGUCAGGUGGUCGCAGGCCUGUCCCCAGUGACUGUGACGUGACAGCAGGACGGGGGCACCUCGGGGCCUCUCCGCCGCCCUGCCCGACCCUGAGAGGCCCCUGGAGAUGGUCGGGGCAGGGGUCUCAGCCCGGCAGGACGGGCAGCCGCGGGCAGACCGAGUGUGCUUCCAGCUUUCCUGUCAGAAGGGGUUUCCUUCUUGGGGAAGCGGCUAGGCCGGCCUCCCGCUCCGGCCCCGUGACGCGGCCGCCCGAGGCUCUCCCCCCGUCGCGCUUGUGGGCUCUGCCUGGGCCCCAGGCUCCCGGGCGGUCGAGGCCACGCCCUCCAGGCUCCGGACCCUGAGUCGUCAUCUCCCCGCUGGGCCCCAGCGGACCCUCGCCGCUCCCUCCGGCCUCUGGGGCCACGGUGCACUCUGCCCAGCUCGUACGGGUCACCCUUGGCCUGUCCCCCUGGGGGCCGCUGCUUGUUCCUCACGCUGUGUCGUGGACAGCGUGCGAGCGCCACGUUUUGACGUUUCUGGAAGCCUGGUUUUGGAGAAUACAAGCAGUCGGCGUG